AUGAUAUUGAAUUGGCGUACAGAUGUUGAAUUGGAUUCUGAAGAUUCUGAGUGCAGGGAUUAUGCCAAGUAUAAUUCUGACGAGGAAGCUGAUAAGGAUUGGCCAGAGUUCAAUGCUGCAACUGACAUGGCAUAUCCAAAUUUUGAGAUUGGGAUGUUGUUUAGUUAUUGUAAGGUGUUUAGGGCAGCUGUCAGAGAAUACUCCAUCUUGCAGAAUAGGGAUGUAGUGUUUAUUAGGAAUGAGGCUUUGAAGCUGAAGGCAGUUUAUGGGGACCCAGAUGGUGGGUGGAUGAUAUAUGCUUCAAAAAUGCAACAUAAGAACACAUUGCAAGUGAAGACAUAUGUAGGUGAGCGCACAUGUACACAGCUAUGGGAGACCCUACCGUGA